AGGGCUGUAUAAGUAGUGUCAGUCAUCCUCCUGGCUGCAGGACACGCUCCGGGCUCGCUGCACAGAGGGAAGGAAGGGAAGCGCGGAACCGCGAUCUGUAGCGCAUAAACACAGCCGCAUAUACAGCCGCACUACCAUCGCAGGUGGCAUCCCCACUCAGCAGCAGUACCAUGCGCCUCUACGGGGACGGAGACUCCGGGAAAGAAAUGAGUUUGGGGAAUGAGAGCUACAGGACAGCCCCCUCCCAGUUCCCCUCCAUCCAGCCUAAUACCAGCCUGCCCUCUGCCAACGCCUCGGAGCUGCUGUACCGGGACGAGGAGCUGGCUAAGGUGGAGGUGGCCGUGCUAGCCGUCAUAUUAGUGGCCGCGGUGUUGGGGAACUGCAGCGUCCUGCUGGGGCUCUACAAGUCCAAGAAGAAGAUGUCUCGGAUGCACCUAUUCAUAAAGCACCUGAGCCUGGCGGACCUGGUGGUGGCAUUCUUCCAGGUGCUGCCCCAGCUGUGCUGGAAGGUCACUUACCGUUUCUAUGGGCCGGACUCACUGUGCCGCAUUGUGAAGCACCUGCAGGUGUUCGGCAUGUUCGCUUCGUCCUACAUGCUGGUGGUGAUGACCGCCGACCGUUACAUCGCUAUUUGCCAUCCGCUGAAGACACUCCAGCAGCCCACGAAGAGGUCCUACCUGAUGAUCGGCGGCGCCUGGACCCUUAGCCUGCUGCUCAGCACCCCCCAGUAUGGCAUCUUCUCGCUGCGAGAGCUGGGGCACGGGGUCUACGACUGCUGGGGCGACUUCAUCUCACCGGUGGCGCUAAAAGCCUAUGUAACAUGGAUCACUGUCAGCAUCUUCGUGGUGCCCGUGGUCAUCCUGCUGACCUGCUAUGGAUUCAUCUGCUACAAUAUCUGGAGAAACAUAAAGUGCAAGACCAAGAAUGAGGAGGCGGACAGCAAGAAGACCUACGGGCUGCUCUCCACCUCUGUGAGCAGCGUGAGGACCAUCUCCAGGGCUAAGGUCAGGACAGUGAAAAUGACUUUCGUGAUCGUGUCAGCCUACAUCAUCUGCUGGACGCCAUUCUUCACCAUCCAGAUGUGGUCGGUCUAUGCAAAAGACGUCAACUGGAUUGACAAUGAAGACACUGUGAUUACCGUGACUGCCCUGUUAGGGAGCCUGAACAGUUGCUGCAACCCUUGGAUAUACAUGUUUUUCAGUGGACACCUACUGCAAGAUUUCAUCUACAGUUUUCUGUGCUGCAGUAAAUUCAAGCGAACAUCAAACAAAGAAGAUUCUGAUAGCAGCUCCAGGAGACAAACCUCAUUCACCAGGAUCCAGACAAAAAGUCCAUCCAACAGCAUCGACAACUGGAAGGAGUCCCCAAGAUCUACAAACUCCAUCAAAUUCCUGCCAAUACAAACCUGAAAUCAGAAACAUUGAAGGGUGCCAUUAUAAUGUGGCUCUGCUCCAUGCACUUGGGCACUUGGAAAAAAUGAAAACUAAAUAUUGGAGUACGUUGAUAACCACAUGAUGAAAAGGGACAAAAAGAAAUGUUAAUAAUUUAACAUAUAAGGUAUUAUUACACUGUAACUAAGUUAAUGUGUUCACAGCUUGUAUAAACAUUUGUAUCUAUGUAGUAGAGAUUUUCAGCUACUAAUGAACGUUAAUUGUAACACAAAGUACACAGUGAUGCAGAAUAUUAUUAGCACAGUGUUACUGGCAGUGCUGUGGUGUAAAUAUAUUUUUACUAAAUACACACUUCAUAAAAGACAUUUCUAUGUGUUUAUAUAUAACAACUUUGUAUGAACACAAUUAAAAUACAGUAUGUCCAUACGAAAGUAAUAUAGUGAACACAUUUAUUGCUGUAACAGUAACACAGUACUGUUACUAUAUUUCACUGUGUUGAGGUUUGUCACACAUAUCCUGUGGUGCUUGUAUACACUGUAUUAGCAUUAAUCCCUAUCCAUGUGUGUCGAUCAUAUUCUGCUUUACUGAACUUGCUAAUGUCUUUUCAUUGGUCUUUUUUCUAGUGGUUCUCCUGCCACAUCUCAGUUACAAAUUUUAUUUAGCAGCUAAGGAUGGGAAGUGACGUGCAAUGAGGUAAAUGGCCGAGGAGGCACUGGCUAGUACCAGAGCCAGAUUUACACACAAUAUAUAAGCCAAAGUGUACAUGUGGACAUUAUACAAACGUGCAGCAGUAUAUACUGCUGGAAAUUUGAGGAGUUUUGAUCACAGAUGUAUGGAAAAGAUUGGAAAAGACAGGCAUCUCACCUACCCUAGACCUUGACUCCAGAGUUUUGACUAUAAAAAUUAUUAGAAAAAUACAAAGAAGAUAUUUAUAAUAUAGUCUUUGUAUUUUUCAUAUCAUUUUUAUAGUCAAAACUCUGGAGUAUACUGGAGUAUAACAGGAAAGGCUCCACCUCACCUCAGUGCACGUCACUGGGUGGGAUGUACUAUGAGUAAAAUGCUGAUUAAACUCAGAAUACUGCCAUUUUUGGAGAUUUGCCGCAUUACCUAUAUGUAUCAAGUUCUGGAAAGCUAAACUUACCACUCUGAACCCCCCUCCCCACUAGUCCUCACAACGCAAAGGACAGAACUUGGCAUUUGUUCCUGCACAUGGCAUUAUUGAACGUCACUAUGCAUGUGGUAAGUAGUGAGAUGCAUCGCAUGCAAUAUGCAUUGUAUGAUACAUGCCAUCAGUGGUGGCUCCAGAGACGGACAAGCGCAGUUCAAAAUUCAAAUAGGGGAUCCACACCAACUGCCAGUGAAUCCUGACCAGUGAUCUUUAACAGCGUGUUGGGAGGGCAGUUGGUCUGGCUCCCCUAUUUGAAUUUUGGACUGCGCUGUCCCAUCUCUGCAAAGCUCUGUCCUUUGCAUUGUGAGGACUACUGGGUUUAUGACCCAUGAGUCCUACAUGCAUGUCAUUGACCUUCACAUGUACAAACCAUGGUAGUGAGGAGGGGGGCUUAUAGACCCAAAUCUGGAGCCACCACUGCAUGUUAACCUAAUCUUUGGACAGUUAUGUCUCCUCACCAUCUACUGUAUAUACCAAACUGCUUCUGCUGUGUUAAAAAUGUAGGUUUCUGUUCUGGUCUCAUAAUGUGAAGAAGUUUUUAUCCUGGGAGUAAGUGAGAUCCCUCUAAGUUAUCAUGUUGUUCUCUACUGCUUUCAUCACAUUGCUUCUCUUAAAAUAAUCUGGUAUUUUUAGAGAAUAUCCUUUCUUGAAUCUUAAACAUCUGUAUUUUAUGUAUAAAAGCAUUAGAAAUCAGUAGCCUGAAACCAAAUACACAACUAACUACACAGGUUAUCAUAAAUUAAACAUUUGUUUUUAUAUAUACAUAUAUAUAUAUAUAUAUAUAUAUUUUUUUUUUUUUUUUAUUUAUCCUUAAAGGAUAUUUAAGAGAGUGGUAAGUAAAUACUGUAGUUUCCAGUAACCUCAGUUUUCCACUGACAGAUACACAGGGGUGAAUUUACACAAGCUUCUAAAAAUUAGAAGUAGUGAUGUUGCCCAUAGCAACCAAUCUGAUUCUAUCAUUUCUCUAUUGCAUCCCAGGAAAUGCAUAGACAGAACCUGAUUGGUUGCUAUGGGUAACAUCACUCCCUUUUCAUAUUUUAGAAGCUUUAGUACAUUUACCCCACAAGUGCUGAAUUUUUAAUUGCAAAAAGACGUGCAGUUUACGCUAGUGUCAUUCUUUCCUGUAACAACUAAAUGUAAAGAUAUUCAAUCACAUAUAUGUAUCUAUGCCUAUAAGUACAUUUUAAGUUAUAUGGUAAUAUAUUAUCAUUGAAUACAAAAUAUUUGUAUAUUUUCACAAGAUUUGUCCAAACACUGCUUUAAGCUACAGGUUUUCUAAACAUUACAGUUAGGUUACUUGUGUGCAUGUAACGCCCAUUACAAGAUUUGUUUGCAUUAUCUAACACAAUUUAUUAAUGAUGUGAAUAUUUAUUUAUUUUUUGUGUAAGAAAUAUUCAUUGGAUUUUUUUUAAUAUAUAUAUUUGAACAAGAGAAAACAACUGUGGUAUGCCCCAUGGCAAGCAAGUAGAGUAACAAUUAAAUACUAAUACACAUGUAUGCUAUGAUAAAUAUCAAAAUACAGAAAAGAGUACAAUAUACAUCAUAUGAAUGACCAUGGUAUAUAAACAGGUUCAAAAGAACAAUGAAAGUUUCUCUUAAAAAAGGAAAACAUGUUAUAAAAUAUUGUAUGGAGAGAAGAGAAGGAGAACAAGAAAGGAGAACAACAAGAAAAAGACGGAAAGGACUUAGAUAGGGAAGGGAAAGAGGUCAUCACCGGUGCACCAAAAAAGUACUGGGCUACUGUAUUUCCUGGCGAAGUGAACAUUUACGGUCAUGUCUGGCUAUCCAGAUAUUAGUUUUAAAUUUAUAUUCUGUAAGUAUUUUAUAAUACAAUGAAAAUAUGGAGUAUAAUCAUCUACAUUUAUAAUAAAAGUACCAGAAUCCAAUGUUUGCUCUCCUUCUGCGCAUCUUUCACUUCGGUAUCCGGUCUCUAGGUCGACCAUACUUAGGUUGACAAUGUCUAGGUCAACCACUAUUGGUUGACAGUAACUAGGUCAGCAGGGUUUCUAUGUCGACAGAGUUUCUAGGGCGACAUGUUCUAGGUCGAAAAGGUCAAAAGGUCGACAUGAGUUUUUCACAAUUUUUUCUUUUUUUGAACUUUUUCACGCUUCAUGAUCCACGUGGAUUAUGAGUGGGAAUAGUAACCUGUGCCGAGAGCAGUGAGGCACCUUUCCCGAAUGCGAGGGGACACGUUGCACUAAUUGGGGUUCCCGGUCACUGUACGGAGAGAAUGACGCAAAAAAUGAUUUAAAAAACUCAAGUCGCCCUAUUGACCUGUCGACCUAGAACAGUGAUGGCUAACCUUGACACUCAAGCUGUUGUUGAACUACACAUCCCAGCAUGCCCUGCAUCAGUUUUAGCA